CUCGGGGCUGUAAUCAAGGCGGACUCGCCAUCAUUGCUGCUAAUAAUUGCUCGGCAGACAUCUCGCGAUUUUAAAAUCGUUAGUCACUGAUGUUAGAAUAAGUAUAAGGUGCAGAAGUGUUGGGCAUCCGUUGAGGUGCGCGAUGAGUAGGGCGCGUUGCAUUCCGCGGAGGCGGAAGGCCGCGGGAGGCGCGUGGCGCGGUCGUCGACACGGCGAGGUGCGGCGCGGCGGCGUGCGGCGUGCGGCGUGCGGCGACCACCACGCGCUGCAGCGCCAUCCGCCACCGCCACUCCGCCGCUUGCAGUGUGGGCGCGCUUGGUGCGGUGCUCGGGCUCGGCUCAGUCCGCGCCAGCGCUCCGGUGGGGCAGGACCGAUGGUGAGGGGCGGUACCGCGCGGGCGAAGGCGAGUGCGAGUGCGACGCGGACACGCGGCUGUGCAGUCACCUGUUGCAGGCGGGGCGCGCACGUGCCGCGGCGCGCGGCCCGCGGCCGGCUCCGGCACAGUGCCGCGGCGGCGGGCGGCGAGCGCACAGCGCCCGCGCCGACAUGCGACGCUAGCGCGAGCAUGCGGCUGCCGCUACUGCCGCUCCUCGUGCUGCCCCUCGUCCUCCGCCCGGCGGCAGCCGGGAUCUGCUGGUCGGGGAUGGAGCGCGGUGGGCGCUGCAGCUCCGUGGCGGCGCUGCGCGUGGGCCGCGCCGAGUGCUGCGCAGGCGCCGCGCGCGCGCCCGCCGCCUGGAGUCCUCGAGACCUCGACAGCGGACAGAUAUUCUUCUACAAGGCGCUCUCCGGCGGCGUACCUUGCAGUGCAUGCGAUGAAUCGUGCUCCGGCGUGAGAUGCGGCGCGGGCCGGCGGUGCGCGGUGCGCGGCGGGCGCGCGCGGUGCGUGUGCGCGGCGGCGUGCCGGCGGGCGGGUCCCGUGUGCGGCACGGACGGCCGCACGUACCGCUCGCUGUGCCGCCUGCGCCGCCGCGCCUGCCGCCGCCCCGCCAAGCACCUCGCACUAGACUAUCCCGGACCUUGCCAAGUGGGCACGUGCGAGGGCGUGCGGUGCGGCGGCGACAAGCGCUGCGUGCUGGACGCGGAGCUGGGCGCGCACUGUGCUCGAUGCGGCGCGUGCAGCACGGCCGGCGCGCCCGUCUGCGCCGUCGACGGCCGCACCUACGCCGGCGCCUGCGCACUGCGCCGCGCCGCCUGCGAGCGAGGCCGCGCCCUGCCGCUCGCUUACAGGGGAUCCUGUAUUGCAAACGCGACGUGCACGACCAUCAGGUGCGGCAGCGGGCAGCGCUGCAACAGGAACAUAACGGACAAUAGUGUGACUAACGAGAGGCACGGGGGGGACAUGGACGCGGUGUGA